UGUUGCUUUCUGAGAGAUGCAAGUGGCUUCUUGGGCAUGUGCUAUUACCUUCCUUGCGGAAUGUCACACUUCCUCUAUCUGAUUCCCUUUUUACUUGGGCUUUAUGCUACAACCAAUGGUGCACCACCCAGAAGCUUUGCAGGCAAAGUAACUGCAUGCUAUGUGCCUCAACAAAAUGACUCUCUCUAUAAGCUGUCAUCUAUCAAUGCUGACUUUGCAUUCAACCUGUACCGGAAGUUCACUGUGGAGACCCCAGAUCGGAACAUCUUUUUUUCCCCUGUGAGUAUUUCUGCAGCUUUGGCCAUGCUUUCCUUUGGAGCUGGCUCCGGCACCCAAACUCAGAUCCUGGAAGUCUUAGGGUUCAACCUCACAGACACUUCAGUGGCAGAGAUUCAGCAGGACUUCCAGCACCUGAUCUGUUCACUGAAUUCUCCAAAGAAAGAAGUGGAAUUGCACAUGGGGAAUGUCCUCUUCAUUGGGAAGCAGCUGAAACCAUUGCCAAAGUUCUUGGAUGGUGUCAAGACCCUGUAUGAGACUAAUGUCUUUUCUACCAACUUCACCAACAUUUCUGCAGCCCAAGAAGUGAUCAACUGUCAGGUGGAGAAGCAAACCAAAGGGAAAAUUGUGAACCUAAUCCAAGACCUUAAACUGAAUAGCAUCAUGGUCCUGGUGAACUAUAUUCACUUUAAAGCACAGUGGGCAAAUCCUUUUCAUCCAUCUCAGACAGAAGACAGCUCCAGCUACUCAGUGGAUAAGAGCAUCACAGUGAAAGUUCCCAUGAUGCAUCGGGUAGAGCAGUUCCAUUACUUGGUGGAUAUGGACCUGAACUGCACAGUGCUGCAAAUGGACUACAGCAGAAAUGCUCUGGCACUCUUUGUCCUUCCCAAGAAGGGACAGAUGGAAUGGGUGGAAGUGUCUAUGUCAUCCAGAACACUGAAGAAAUGGAACCACUUACUGCAGAAGGGGUGGGUUAAUCUUUAUGUUCCAAAAUUUUCCAUUUCUGCCACAUACGAUCUUAGAAACAUGCUUGUAAAGAUGGGUAUUGAAGAUGCCUUUGCUGACAAUGCUGACUUUUCUGGACUCACAGAGGACAUCGGUCUAAAACUUUCCUAUGCUGCCCAUAAGGCUGUGCUGAACAUUGAUGAAAAGGGAUCAGAUGACACUGUCUCUGAAGUCAAAUUCAUGGAUCAAUCUGAAAGCACCCUCCUUCAUCCUGUUAUCCGAUUUGAUAGAACUUUUCUGUUGAUGAUUUUGGAGAAAAACACCAGAAGCAUUCUCUAUCUAGGGAAAGUUGUGGACCCAACAGAAAUAUAGCUGGGAAAGAGGUCACUGGGAAGUUGCAUGUAUAUAUUAUAGCGGGAAAUAAAUAAAUGAUAUAGUGCAGGUAGUUGAUGUGGACUUGGACUUGUUUUCCCUUGUGAAAGGGCGAACAUUGAAUCCUGGAAGAACUGGAUGUGGAAGAGCGUAAUCCUAUGACUAAGCACUCAGAUAGUCAAUGAGGGUUUCAUUAUUAUCCAAAACACAGGGAAGCUCUACCUUAGUAUAUUCCUCAGGCUUCCAGCAAUUGUUUAGCUCCAGGAAAGGUGACUCAGAUGACAAAUGUCUGCUUUUGCUCUCUGGGAAAAAGUGGAGAUGCAGGGCAUGGCUUUAUAUUCCAAUGAUAGUAUCACAAAACAUAGAAUUAUACAAACGUUGUGGCUUAGAUUUGAAGUUUUCAACCUUCUUUCUUCCACCUCAUCAGAAUGAUUCUCUGUAUUCGUGCCAGAAUUUUCAUUGAUAGGUUCUCCCACUACAGGGCUAACCCACAGACUGAGAUCUUAUGCUUAGGGAUAUAACUUCUGUGGCCUAAUAAACUUAGAACAGCAGAGCAAGAGUGAAAUGAACUCCCUUGUACAAGCACACUUUGCCAAAAUGUUUCCAUCUUGCUAAUUUAUAAGCUUUUCUUAUUUAUUUUGGUUUAGAAUAUUGGUAUCAUAAAAGUGUAAUUUCUCUCAAAAUCAAUCUAGAAACAGUACAAUUUCAUUUAAACUCUCAAUAGGAAUUCUUAUAGAUUUAGUAAAAUUGACAUCAAAAUUUGUAUGUAAGGGGUAAUAAUCUAUGAAUAGCCAAUAAAAUUUGGAGAAAGAAUAAGUUGAUGCUUGCGUGUUGGAGGAAAUAUGAUAAAAUCAUGUAGACUAAAAAAGUGAUAUUUUAAUAUACACAUAACCCAGUCAAUGAGAACAGCAAUCUCAAGACAAACACAAACAUAAAUGGAAAUUUGGUACAUGAUAGAGUUAAAAUUAUGAGAGGAAAUGAUGAGGGAAAUAUUAGUCAGACAAUGGACAUGCCAUGUGGAGAAAAUACUAAAACCUUCACUUUUGCUGUACAAUAGAAUAAAUCCUAGAUGGAUUAGAGAGUCAAAUGUAAAAGGAAAACUUUAACAACAUUUGCAAUGUAAGAUAUUUUAUGAAAUGGUGAAUAGGGAAAAAUAUUUGUAUACUAACAAUAUUCAAAGCUCAUAUCAGAGAACUAUCAUAUCAGAGAACUGUAAAACGUGAUCUCCUGAAUAAAACCUUUUGAUAAAU